AUGAGAUCCCUACCGAUCCCAAUCAUAUCAUACUUUCUAGAGCUCUGGGCACCACCGAUGGACGGCCCAUCGAUGCAUCUAGCCUCGACGCCGGCGGUAGCGCAGCAGCUCACCGUCCCGAACAUACUGACACCGUCGUCAUCAUCACAAGAUGGACCCGCAGUCAACUUUUCCCUGCCGCGGGUGGCCAGCACGACGGAGCUGGGCAUCGCCGAGGACGCGAUGCUGAACCGAGACUCGUGCAACUCUGCGCGCUUCGCCAACCGGACGCUGUGGACCUGCCGCGACACCCAAUGGGUAAUGGCCAAUGGGCUGCCGCAGCUCGCCAUCUUCAGCAGCACGGCCAGCUGGACCGACGACGGGGAGCCGCUGCGGAUGUACGGCUACCAGGACGGCCGGGCCUUCUUCCCCCUGCUCGACGGGAACUGCAACGACAGCCAGGCCGGCAUGUGCGGCGACGGCACCCGCUACUCCAUCUGGCCCGACAGCCCACCGCUGGUGGUGGAGAACGAGGCCUCGGAUCCCGAAGACGUCGUGUCCGCCUACACUUGGGUCAAGAAGUUCCGCAUAGACGAGAACCUCAAGACCUCGGACCCGGACCCGGCCUCGACGCUUUACCGGAUCGACUACGACGUCACAACCGGCAGCAGCAACAAAUCCGCCCUCCCGCACGUCGCCGUCGUCAACGCAUCCUUCUACCCGUGUAGGGGGGUGGCGUACGGCAACUAUGGGCACGUGACGCGCGACGGCAUGACCUAUCUCUACGGCCAAAUGUCCAACGGGGUCGUGUCGCUGGCGCGGACGAGGGCGACGCGCGCCUCCAUCGAGGACGAGUCCACGUACGAGUACUUUACGCUGGGCCGGUGGACAAACGUGAAGCCGCCGUCAUAUGCCGUGGAGAAGACGAGCUGCUGCGAGAUUCCCAACGCGUCCGCGGGCGGGCAGGGGACGUACUUUUGGUCCGACAAGUGGAGGCGGUACGUCUGGAUCGGCCAGGCGGGUUUCACGGUGGCGCCGGAUUUUUACAUCACCACCGCGCCGGCUCCCGAGGGCCCGUGGGAUAAACCCGUCAUGUUUUACAAGGGGGUUGGGGGGAAUUAUUCCCUGAGUGCGUACAGCCUCCAGGCGCAUCCGGGUGUGAGGCUGGGAGAUGCCGGCGGUGGUGGUGAUUGGAAGGGCGAGGAGAUGGUCAUAUCUUACACCAAGAAUGAUGUCGUCUAUGUGAACUCGGAGGUGUUUUUGAACGUCUACACCACACCUUUGGUCAGGGUUAGGUGGGAAUAG